AUGAUGAUCUUUAUGAAUGCUGAGGGGAAACAUCCUAUCCGAGGCGUACCCGAUGACACUCCGGGCGUGUGUUAUCGAUCCAGUAAGAAAGGAUGGAUGACACAAAGACUUUUUCGAGAGUAUCUGAGUGAAAGGAAAGCAAUGCGAGCAGAUCCACAUGGCCGCAACAAGACCAUCUACCUCGACAACUGCUCUGGCCAUCUCGAAGCCGACCAAUGUCAAGAUGAACUCAACUCAAUCAAUGCAGAUCUCCAGUUCUUCCCUCUAAAUGCCACCGACUUGUGCCAGCCAGCAGAUUCCUUCAUCAUUGCGAAGAUAAAAGACGCAAGGUGGAACGCGAAAAAGCUGAGUCUGAUCAAGGAGAACUGUUGGCAAAAUAAUAUUCGCAUGGACGGGUCGUGGUCGGGCAAGCUUCAAAACCCUGGCAAAACGUUUUUCCUUCAGCUUGCAGCCGACGCAGUCAGAGAUGUCAAUCACCAGAAAGACAAGAACGGCAUGUCCUACGCUCGAAAAGCGAUGAUUCGCUGCGGAUUGUCGCUUGGAAUCGACGGAACCUGGUCUGUAGCCCAACUCUAUCCUCAUCUCCAAGAUGUAGUGGCGAAGCAUCGUGCCCACUUCGAAGGCGAGCCUGUGACUUCAACUCCAGAUACACAAAAGAGCAGUACAGCUCCAGGUGAAUAA